AUGGGCCAGGCAAACUCGACGGGCGCUGCGGAUGCGCAAACACGGCGGCGAUCGCGCCCGCUGUCAUGGGCGCCUGGGUUAUUGGCCUCGUCCCAGCCUGCCAACGACACGGUGCCAGAGUUGCUGCAGAGAGCCCCGGACACGCCCUCACGACCCCGAUCCAGUACUACGAGACUCUCCAACCGCCUCUCCUCUCACUUUGGGCGCCACGAUGCUGGCCCGUCAGCGCCCGAAGAUGCCCCGAUGCCCAGUCGCUCGCGGUCGCGGCUGCACCGGGCACGCUCUUCGCUCAGCUCCAUGACGGGCUUGCUGUCUAGACGGCCGCCGCUGCCUGCCCGCAAUACCGAGCCCACGACCGGCUUCGCUGCACCCAGUACACCCAACAACAAUAACAACACCACGCCAAGCCGCUCCGCUUUGAGACAUACCACAAGCGAUCGAGGGCCCUUCCUUCCCCGUGUACAGGUACCGGAAUUAGGACUAGACUUUGACCAGCUGCUGCGGACCAACUCACAUGCCGAGCGGCCAGACGGACACAGACCGCGACCGCUGGUUCCUUUGAGCCCAUUGCGACGGGAUGGACGGUCCCUCGGCAUCAUUCCCUCGCAGCGGCGACUACGCAACAUGAUAGGACACCCGCGGAGGAGACGAUCGCUCUGGCAGGAUGGAGAGAACAUGGACAAUGUCCAGCAGCUGAGGCAGGGCGAAGAUCAGGCCGACGUGCUGUCAAGACUGCUAUCGCUGGCUGCAGCUGCCACGGCAGCCUCUCUGGUCGGCGACGACAACCAAGCUGCAACCCGAGACGGCACAUUCGAUACCUUCCUACAGUCACUUCAGAACGGCAGCAUAGCAUCAGCGCUCCGGGGCAACGAGGAGGGGCAAGGUGGCGAUACCCCCGGAGCCGCACAGGCACCCCUCAAUUUCUUCAGGAUGUUCAGGUUCGGCACCAGCACCGACAACGGAACCAACGACACUGGUGGGCGCCGUGGCAGUGCAUCAGGGAACGGCGGAGCAGAAGGCGAGGAAGAUGGGGAAGGCAGGAUGGUGCCCAUCAUUAUUGUAGGCAUCAGAUCUAUACAGCCGGGAAGUGGCACUGGUCAAGAAGAUGCGAGCAUACCGCCCUUCCUCGACGCCCUCUCUAGUUUCCCCACACCUCCCACGUCACCGGGCGAUGCCAACGCAAACAUUUUGCAACCGCCGCAAAACGGAACCCGCUUCAGCCACAGACGGCGAGCCUCGAUGGGCGGCUUCAACUUUCCUUCGAACUACGACAGCCAAAGGCAUCACCGCGGCUCGACACAAGAGCGCCCUCGUCCAUGGUCAUCCCUCACAGACUCUCCUCCAGGACCGCUUCCUCCACCCUCCACACCUGCUACGACGCUGAACUUCUCAGCCGGCCCAUCAGGCGCAACGACGCCGGCGACGUCUACCUCCCCGCCUUCACCGACCACACAAUCCUCAGCACCCUCACGGCGGAACAGCUUCGUCCGCAGAGCUGCCGGAUCGACUCUCGAGCCCACUGCAGAAGAGCCACAAACCCAUACGCGUAAUGCUCGGCCACGGCGCUUGAGCGAGUCAGAUUUCACAAGAUAUGGCUCAGGCGCACCUCGUAGAAGAGGCGUCGUGGAGCCAGAUAACAAUCCUGGGGAGGGUUCGCGGAGCUGGAUCAUCUAUGUGCUGGGUGGAAGCUAUCCUGAGAACCACCCGAUUCUUACCACUCCCAGUCUGUUCACCGACUCGCCCACUUACGAAGAUAUGAUGUUGCUUUCAUCUAUACUCGGUCCCGCCAAACCCCCAGUUGCGAGUGAAGAGGACGUGGCUUCGGCUCCAGGCCUCUUCAGGAUACGCGGUGAUGCUGGUGCUCUUGUAGCUGAAGCUGUUGUGGGUGCGGAGACAAUUAACCUUGUUGCGGGUGCGCGCUGUCUCGUCUGCCUAUGCGAUUUCGAAGUGGACGAGGAGGCGCGGAAGCUGAUCAAGUGCGAACACAUGUUCCACAAGAUCUGCAUUGAUCAGUGGUUGACGACUGGACGCAACUCAUGUCCGCUCUGCAGAGGUGAGGGCGUACAUGAAACGGUUAAAGAAUCCGAUACCACCCAAGAUGCCGCUACGCCUUCUGUGCCGCAAGCAGCUGCUUGA